CCUCCCGGCUUGAUAUCGCUGCGCCGAAAGGAAGGUCGUGGUCCCUUGACGCGCUCGAAUUUUCUUAAUUUCCGGACAGCAUUUUCCAUCUUCAAGGCAACGGGAUGUACUGGAGUGGUCUCAGCUGCCACACUAUACAUGCAGCAGACUACACAGCCUGCUGCUGCAGCUGCUGCUGUUAAGCCAGCUGCCAACACUUGGCAAACUUUCAAGAAGGCCAGUACAGUUCAGGGCAAGACCCAGAAGCCCAAGGCACCCCCAAAACCUCAGCAACUGCAUUACUGUGAUGUUUGUAAAAUAAGUUGUGCUGGGCCUCAGACCUACAGGGAGCACUUAGAAGGUCAAAAGCACAAGAAAAAGGAAGCGGCAGCCAAGGCAGGGCCAACUCCCUCACGCCACGGGGCAUCCCUCCGCUGCGAACUUUGUGAUGUCACUUGCACAGGGGCUGAUGCCUAUGCUGCUCAUAUUCGUGGUGCUAAGCAUCAGAAGGUUGUGAAAUUGCACCAGAAGUUGGGUAAACCAAUUCCCUCAACUGAUCCAGUUGUGGUUGGAGGUACCACAAAAACCUCAACUACCACAGCUGGCUCAACAGUAGGUGCUAAAACGACUACUAGCGGUGGCACUGCAUCUACCACUGGUGUUCUCACAACUGCAGAUGGGAAGAAGGAUGAUCUCAAGGAUGAUUUACUUGAUCUGAAGGAGAAGGAUGUAGAACCUGUUGGUCAGGAAUAUAUUGAAGAAAUCAAGAAUGAGGAAGGUAAAGUGAUCAGCUUUAACUGUAAGCUUUGUGAAUGCCGAUUUAAUGACCCCAACGCCAAAGAGAUGCACAUGAAAGGUCGCCGACACAGAUUGCAGUACAAGAAGAAGGUUAAUCCUGAGCUAGUUGUAGAGGUAAAACCAUCAUUACGUCAACGCAAACUACAAGAGGAGAAACUUCGGCGACAGCAGCUGCGCGAGGAGAUGUGGAGGCGUCGUGAGGAAGAGAGACUACUGGAAGAGGAGGAAAGAUGGUACUGGGAAGAGAGGAGGAGAUAUGAAGCUGGGUGGUGCAGGUAUCCCCGUGGCCCCCCUGGCCCACCACCCAUGAUGCCCCCUGGCAUGCCCAGACCUCCCUUCAUGCCUGGGAUGCCUCCCAUGAUGCCAAUGCGUAGACCUGACUCAAGCGAUGACAGACAUGUGUUGGCCAAGCAUGCAGAUAUAUACCCCAAGGAAGAAGAACUAGGAGCUAUUCAGAAGAUAGUAUCGAAUACAGAAAAGGCUUUGAAAAUGGUGUCUGAUUACCUAGCAGAGGUUGAUGCGCCAAAAGAGCAACAGGUUAAGCCAAAGAUAAAGAAAGAGAAGGAAAAGGAGGAAGAAGCAAAGGAAGGAGAAGAUAAGAAAGAUGGGGAGAAGAAAGAGGAUGGUCCACCCCGAAUGUUGAAGGGUGUAAUGAGAGUAGGUAUUCUGGCUAAAGGUCUUCUACUCCGUGGUGAUACAAGUGUGCAGCUGGUGGUGCUCUGUGGAGACAAACCUACGCGGACUUUGUUGGACAGAGUUGCGGAUAACCUCCCUAAACAAUUAGCGGUUGUGGCACCAGAAGACAAAUAUGACAUCCAGAGAGUAGUUGAGGAAGCAGCUUUGGUUGUCCAAAACAUUGGUGACCAGCGGAUCUCAGUAAAUGUGACGCUUACAUCUCCAAUCAUGAGGGAACAGCUGCUACAUGAAGGAGACUCCCAGGUGACCGCCGCCAAGGAUCCUCCAGAUGUGCUCGACAAGCAGAAAUGUCUGGACGCUCUUGCCGCCCUCAGACAUGCCAAGUGGUUCCAGGCUAGAGCAAAUGGUCUUCAGAGCUGUGUAAUGGUGAUCAGAAUUCUGCGAGACUUGUGUCAGCGGGUGCCAACAUGGGGACCAUUGAAUAGUUGGCAGGCCAUGGAACUAAUGUGCGAGAAGGUAAUUGCCUCUGCUGGACAGCACUUGAGUCCUGGAGAUGCUCUCCGAAGGGUUUUCGAGGCCCUGGCAUCUGGUCUGCUCUUACCAGGCUCCCCUGGGCUCCUUGACCCCUGUGAGAAGGACCCUGUUGAUGCUGCUUCAUCUCUGUCAGCCCAGGAGAGGGAAGACAUUACUGCUUCUGCACAGCAUGCCUUAAGGUUGAUUGCCUUCCGACAAAUCCACAAGGUUCUUGGCAUGGAUCCUAUUCCUCCACCAAAGUUCCAAAGAGGUGGACGCUUUACCCGCAAGAGACGAAGGGACAACUCCUCGGGCGAGGGUAAUGACUCCGAGGGUGAGUUGGACGGUGGAGAUGGGAAGAAGGAUAAGAAGGAGGAUGGAGAAGAAUCCAAAAUGGAAAUGGAUAAAGAGACAAAAUAAGAUUCUUUUACAAAGGUGCUUGAAUAGAUGUUUAGUUUUGUCUAAUAAAUUUUGAGAAAUAUUUCCAGGGUGAAAGUAGUAUACAAUGUUUCAACAAUUGUAUUAAAAGAAUGAUAUUUUCGGAUGAUUUGCAACUUGUAAUGAUUAAUGCAUUCUGUACUUUCUAAUAUAAAUGUGUUCCUUUUAUACGAGUUGGUUCCAUAAUUUUAAUUUCAACCUGACCAACUGUUAAUGGCUUAAGGGCAUUUGCUUUAAAUAUAUUAUUUUGAUAUAUUUGUCUAAUUGCUUGGUUUAUAGUCAUCAAACUCCUAAAAAAAAUGUAUGUUGGAAUAGUAUGUGGUUGAUGUUUAAUAUCAUCCUUUGUAUAUUUAUUAUCUUCAUUAUAAUUUUUAUGAUUUUUUAUUUUCAUAUUCUGCACGAAAUGGUUACAGGCAUUAGUUAAUAUCCUUAAAUGUGUCAAGUAAGGCAGAACAUAUAUAUAAAAUAUAUAUAUAUAUUUGAAAAUUCAUUUACUCCGAGUCCAGUAGAUUUAUACAUGUGUGCUGGCAGACAUUAAUGCUAUCCCCUUUAUACUGUAGAGUGAAAAGAAUGAAUAUGAACUCUGCCGGCAGAUUAAGGUGGCCUGGUACUUGCUUCCUUUGAUAGGGAGAAACCAUGUCCUUUUAAGCUAUCGGUUAUCUCACAUCUCACAUCUCGAGGGCUUAGCAUCAUGAUCCACCAACACGUCCAUUGGAAGUCUGACAUUAGGAUUAAGAAUCGUUAAAAGUUCCCCACCCUCCUUUCCCUACCCCUCUCUCCCCCUUUUUCCCCAUUACCUUUCCCUCCCUAAAUAUUAAUGAGAACUAGUCAUCGCAAUUGCUACUUGGUCCUCAUGCCCCAGAAAGCAGUGCGGGGUAGCAUAUUUCGUGCUAGUUGUUUUAAACUUAAAAUAUUUCGAGUACAGUAUAAAAUAGAUCUUUUAAAAGGAAGAAAGGAAGGAAAAGAAAAAGAUAUAAGGUUGAAAUAAUUUGAUAUGGAAGUUUUUUUUAGUAAAAUCUUAGGUGAAACGUUGUCAUACAUUCAAUUUGUAAUAUAAACUUUGAUUUAAAGUCAAGAGAGAGAAAAGUAUCUGUUACUUUGUUUAUUGAGUAAAGAAGUGUAAUAACAAAUAAUCAAAAUGGAGAAGGAUUAUUGCUUAAGUUGAAAAACAAUACAGAGUACUAGGUAUAGCUUCUAAAACAAUGGUACAUGUAAAGAAAAAAAGCAUUUUUUGAAUUUUUAGAGGUGAACUUUGGUUCUGCCAGCUUAGCCAAAAUUAUCUUGUAGCUUAUAGUUGUUCCUCAGUGGUGAUAGAUUUGUUUCUGGUUAUUAGGUAUCCUUCUCCGAAAGUAAAGGCUAUUCUGUAUAAAAAAUACUGUUUCAAGAAUUAUUCAGUGCAGUGUGCAUCUUGCUCGUUUCAUGUAGAACAAUUGGAUGAUUAUACCCUCUUUUCCAGUGGGUUCUGUUGUGUCACAUAGGUAAAAAAUAAAAAAAAUAUAUAUAUAC